AUGUGUGGCAUUUUUGGCUACAUCAAUUACCUGGUAGAGAAGGACCGCAAGUUCAUCCUUGAUACUUUGGUCAAUGGUCUAUCCCGCCUCGAAUAUCGUGGAUACGAUUCCGCUGGCCUAGCCGUGGAUGGUGACAAGAAGAAUGAAGUCUAUGCUUUCAAGGAGGUGGGAAAGGUUGCGAAAUUGAAAGAACUCAUUGUAGAGUCGAAACCAGAUCUCAAGAAGACCUUUGACUCGCACGCUGGUAUUGCACACACCCGCUGGGCUACACACGGGCAACCAUCAAGACUCAAUUGCCAUCCUCACAGAUCGGAUCCGAAGUGGGAAUUCACUGUCGUUCACAAUGGUAUCAUCACCAACUACAAAGAGCUCAAGGCGCUUCUCGAAAGCAAGGGAUUUCGCUUCGAGACCGAUACCGACACUGAAUGCAUUGCCAAGCUUGCAAAAUUCUUGUAUGACCAACACCCAGACAUUGACUUCACAGUUCUUGCCAAAGCAGUCAUCAAAGAGCUUCAGGGGGCUUUUGGUCUUCUCCUGAAAUCGAUCCACUUCCCGCAUGAAGUGAUUGCUGCUAGGAAAGGUUCUCCUUUGGUGGUUGGUGUCAAGACCGGCAAGAAGAUGAAGGUUGACUUUGUCGACGUGGAAUACUCCGAGGAAAGUGGUGCGCUGCCUGCUGAACGAGCAUCGCAGAAUAUGGCCGUCAAGAAGACCGCUACCAAUCUCCUGGCUCCUCCCGAUAAAUCCCUUCUCCAUCGGUCGCAGUCCAGAGCCUUCCUUUCAGACGACGGUAUUCCCCAGCCAGCCGAAUUCUUCUUGUCUUCCGACGCUUCAGCCUUGGUCGAGCACACUAAGAAAGUCCUCUACCUGGAGGACGACGAUAUUGCACACAUUCACGAAGGUCAGCUCAAUAUUCACCGCCUUAGCAAAGACGAUGGCACUUCCAACGUUCGUGCAAUUCAGACCAUCGAACUUGAGCUCCAAGAAAUCAUGAAGGGCAAAUUCGACCAUUUUAUGCAGAAAGAGAUCUUUGAGCAACCUGAGUCGGUUAUCAAUACCAUGCGUGGUCGUCUCGAUGUGGCCAACAAGAAGGUAACACUGGGUGGUCUCCGACAGUACAUCACCACCAUCCGUCGGUGCAGACGAAUCAUCUUCAUCGCCUGUGGUACCAGUUAUCACUCUUGUAUGGCUGUGCGUGGCACUUUCGAGGAAUUGACAGAGAUCCCAGUUUCUUGCGAGCUGGCAUCUGAUUUCUUGGACAGACAUGCUCCUGUUUUUAGAGAUGACACCUGCGUCUUUGUCUCCCAAUCUGGUGAAACUGCAGACUCCCUUAUGGCGUUGAGAUACUGUUUGGAACGCGGUGCUCUCACCGUCGGCAUUGUUAACGUGGUGGGCUCAUCGAUAUCCAUGCUAACUCACUGUGGUGUGCAUAUCAACGCUGGUCCCGAAAUCGGUGUUGCCUCUACCAAAGCGUACACAUCGCAGUUUGUGGCCAUGAUGAUGUUCGCCCUUUCUCUGAGUGAGGAUCGCGCAUCUAAGCAGAAGAGGCGAGAAGACAUCAUGGAUGGUCUCGCUAAAGUCAGCGACCAAUUCCGCGAGAUUCUGAAGCUCAACGACUCGAUCAAGGAGCUCUGCGCCAAAAAGCUACAGGGUCAGAAAUCCAUGCUCCUGCUCGGAAGAGGCAGUCAAUUUUCUACCGCCUUGGAGGGUGCUCUUAAGAUCAAGGAGAUCUCCUACUUGCAUUGUGAAGCAGUCAUGUCUGGUGAAUUGAAACAUGGUGUUUUGGCUCUUGUCGAUGAAAACCUUCCCAUCGUCAUGAUCCUUACCCGAGACGAAAUCUUCAAGAAGUCUCUCAAUGCAUUCCAGCAAGUUGUCGCUCGUAAAGGUCGGCCUAUCGUCAUCUGCACUCAAGGCGACGAGGAGUUCCCCUCCUCCAAGACCGAGAGGAUCGAGGUGCCCGGCACAAUUGAUGCUCUCCAGGGCCUUCUCAAUGUCAUUCCGCUUCAGCUUAUGGCAUACUGGCUUGCUGUUGCUGAAGGCUUCAAUGUCGAUUUUCCCCGCAAUCUUGCGAAGUCUGUCACAGUGGAGUGA